UCCCGUUCCAGUCUACCAAAAAACAAACGUCCAAGAUGGCGGCCAGCAUGAGUCUCGACGAUAUUUUGACGUUUUCUCCCUAUUUUCACUUUAUAGUAAGAUAACCCCACCAUGGAUCCCGUCCUCGCCAAAAAGCGCUUUGAAGAGGGCGCUUUUAUUCUUUGCCUCGACGUUCCCCAAGGGACAGAGUUUGGCAUCGAUUGCAAUUCGUGGGAAGUUGGACCUCGGUUCAAAGGCGUGAAAAUGGUUCCACCGGGGAUACAUUUUGUGUUUUACAGCGCUGUGAAUAGAGAAGGCAAUGCUGCUCCUCGCACUGGUUUUUUUUGUGUCACGAAAAAAGGAGAUAUUGUUGUCAGAAAGUGGGAUCCUGCGAUAGAAGAUUUGGUGAAUGAAAAAACAAGUGAGGAGGAUUUGAAGAAAUACAGGCUGGGGAUGAAAGAGCUUGACACCUAUCUUGGCCCAUACCCUUUUGAAAACCACAAAAAGUGGCUAUCACUUACCAGCCACAUAUCAGCCAACAUAUUAGCCAGACUUCAGCCAGACUGUGGCCAGAUAUCCUCCGUCACUCAAAUCCAGUCUGAAGACAGCCCAGAUGAUGGAAGUUCCCAAAUGGAUAUUGAUAAACCAACUCUUAAUGUGUCCUUACAGCAAAAUGAAAAAAGUAGAAUAAAGUUUACUAAGAUACCCAAGUGUAAAUAUCCUGCUGGGGCUUGUCCUGUUGAGGUCACCAAGUACAGUAUUGACUCAAGCUUUGCUCUGGAGUGCAUGCUACAAAAGCUGAAAGAUAAAAAAGAAAUCCUUGGAGAACUACAAUUUGCAUUUGUGUGUUUUCUUUUAGGCCAAGUUUAUGAUGGCUUUGAACACUGGAAAAGACUUUUGAACAUACUGUGUACAUGUGAUGAUGCCCUGUGCAAGCACCCAGACCUUUUUACAGAGUUGAUAGGUGUUCUAUACUUCCAGCUAAAAGAGGCCCCAAAAGAUUUCUUUGUUGACAUUGUUACCAGAAAUAACUUCCUGACUGUCACAUUACAGGAAUUUUUCUCAAACCUUGAUUCAUCUCCUGAAGCUGAUUCUACGUUGGCAACAAAAGCAAAGCGCUUCAAGCAGCACCUAACUAAGACAUUUCAGUGGGACUUUGACAGUGAACCAGAUGAUUAUGAACCUGUGGUUGUUGACACGUAGUCUGGGUGUCUUUGCUUGUACAAGGGAGACAUGAAGAUACUGGGGUCUGAGCACUGCUGAGCAAUUAUAAUUUAAAGCCCCAUGCAAACAAUGUGAGCGAAAUACACAGCCAAACUGACCCCGGGGGGGGGGGGGGGGGGGGACCCUCCAGAAAAGAAGACAGGGGUGAUCUUGGUGGAUCGUCACAUCUUUUAGGGUAUACAAUUUUGACAAACUGCCAUAUCUUAGGGGUUGUUGAAGGAUUUUUCCGAUUUUGCCAUCUCUUAGGGUAGAAAAUUCAAUCAAUUGCUAUUCCUAAGGGGGUGUUAAAGGUUUUUAUUUUUUUUUCGAUUCUGCCAUAAAAAUUCUUUCAACCACACCCAAUUUGCUAUCUCUUAGGGGCAAGAAAUUCUGUUGGCCACGCCCAAAGUGCCCUCCCUUAGGGGUAAAGUCGAUUUUGCUGACGAUCACCCCUGUUUGUUUAUAUCAAAGUCCCCGGGCAUACCUGCCACUGAACAUGCUGUGCUUUUUGUGCACUAGUCAAUUGAAACCCCCACCCCCAUGGUCCCGGGGGAGGGUGGGGGGUUAGACUUUGACCCUGUACAAAACCGAGGAAAAGCCCCCACCGUCUCAGGAAAAAUGCCCCUUCCCCUUGGGAUGCAAACUAUAGGCAACUACCCGACAACAAGUCCUCUGAAAUAAGCUUUUUUAAUCUUUCAAAGCCAGUACACUUCAGCGAGUACAUUUGUACCAAUUACUAUGAAGAUAACAGUUACAAAAAAAGAUGGAAAAAUAAAUCAUCUUCAUCUGGCAUUAUUUUUUUAAUAUUCAUUUUUGCACAUGUCGCCAUGCAGCAUGCCACAUGCUGAUACAUGGAAUUGCUUGCUACAGAAGAGUCUCAAGCCAGAAACUAACAUGAUACUUGUGACACUAUUCACUUGUCCCAAACCCCCACGGUGGGGAUAAGUCUUAGAGUAAAAAACUGUCAAUUCCCCCACCCCCUCAGGACAGAUUCUUGUUCAAAAGUGCUCUAAAACCCCACCUUAACCCCACACUUCCCCGGGACCAUGGGGGUGGGGGUUUCAAAUGACUAGUGCAUUGCACACAUGGCUGCUGGAUGCUUCAUGGUGUUUUAGGAAAUGGUGCUGUUUGACAUGAGCACCAGUUGCAAGAUUGUGGGUUGUUUGAUGUCACUUUGACAGAAUUUUCUUAGUCCAGUUGCCAUCCAAGCAAGAUGACUUUCUCCCUGUUUGUAAGAUAAUGGAGUUACAAAGAGGGGGUUGAGUAUGUAGCAUUUUUGCCAUUACAAUAGGCUGGGUGAAAGAGCUCUUGUGUUUGCAAAAAGAUUUCGCCUGUUAUUACUGAUAGUUACAUAACUUAUAGUUUGAAGCAUACUGCUUCAUACUUUUUUUUAAAAUUUCAUUUCACUGAAUACUUCUGAACAUUUCUUGUAAAAUUGUCAUAGCUGCUGUCAACUCACCCGAAUUGGGCGGGUGUCACAAGAUUUUGGACCUCAUCACAUACAAUCUCUGCAUUCACUCUCUUGGGGUUUUCCACAUAUUUACUUUAUUUUACCUGAUUUCACAAGUUUUUGUCCAAGUUGGGUAGACAGCUAUGAAUUGUCAAUGAAAAAUGACUUGGUAUUUUAUCUUUUUUCUGUAUUGAAAUCUGGGUGUAGCUUAUACCUAAGUUGCAUUUUAUGCAUGGAUAAACACUUGAUAUAAGUUAUUGUUUGUUAUUAUGGCUUUCACGUUGUUUACAUUGUAAAUUACACAAACAGCAUGAUUUCUAGCACCGAUUUAUUGUUUCAAAAGUAAACAUUUUUUUUCUUAUUCUGCAAAGGGACGCUUUGAAAUCGACAUUUUCAACCUUUAUGCCUAAAAAAUCAUGUGACUUUUUUGGGAGCAAAUUCAAGACAAAACAAACCCCAGAAAUGGCUGCAACUAUCAAGCCAGAGAGGCUUGACGGCCCUUUCAGACAAAGACACUUUAACUGAUUCACAAGCACUGAAAACUUUGCAUUUUGUUUUGUUAUUUGGCUGUAACAACCCUGAGCUUGCACAAGUUGGCCACCCAAAAUGUCAUAUGACUUCUUUAUGCAAGUUGCCUGUAUUCACCUCUCAAAGGUGGCAAAUAUGUUUGUCCUUGCAAAAAUCAAUCAGUCUGACUACAAAACAACAAUAAAAGUUGUUUUGCACUAAACAUACUAAAAUCAGGAUAUUUAGUCUUUACUUAUUCUUAAAGGACUUCUUACUCACUUGUAUGUCCCAAAUAAUAUGUAAGCAACCAUAAUUUUAUCUUUUUCUUUUCAAAGGCAUAGCUAACAUUAAACAAGAAGGGCAAAUUGCCACUACAAAACAUGACUAUAAUAAGUACUAUGUGAUCAACCAGGAAACAAACUCUCUGGUGUAUCUGAUAACUCUGUCAAAAUAUUCAAUAGAAAUGGAUUGUAAUGAUUUAUUAACAGCAAUUCCCUACUGGUACAGUAGAAUUGCCAUCUCAGUUAAAACAUGUUUGGGACCUGCCCUUUUUAGCUAUGCCUCUGUCACCUAUCUACCUUAAUGCUUCUACAUACCACUGAGUGAAAACAUUCUAUAUUAUGUAUCUGGAUAAGCACUGUGGGAUCUUCAAUAAUAAUAAUAGCUGUGCCCUGUUGGUUUUGAAAUAGCUGUACAGUUUUACUACAAAAGCUUGUAUAUUUACAAAUAGGCAUAAAAGGUGAAUUGGUGAAGCAACAAAUAGAUGCCAUCAGUCACUGUUUAAGGAAAAGCACAGUAAAUAAAAGUAAGCUCCUUAAAA